AUGCUCAAAACAAGCCGAAUGUUAAACCACUUCGACCACGAGGAUUUGACAAAUACCGGUUGCAUCAUGUUAUCUCGAAUGUGCGUAGCAAGAUCUGCCUUCAGCAUAGGCCAUACAUUAAAAACACCAGUACCUCAAAAAUUUGUCCCUAAGAAUUAUGUGGUGAGAAAUUAUGCCCGGGAACCUAGAUCUCGUGUGGCCACUCGUUCUCAACCUACAGUGUGGGAAAGAUUGAUGGCACCAGCUGGCCCAAAUGCAUAUAGCUUAGGAAAAGGUGCAUUAGCUGGAGCAUCUGCAGUUGGUCUUGUAGCCCUUUGUUAUUAUGGUUCAGGUGUAAAACCAGGAACUUUACAAGAAGCGCAUUUAUGGCCACAAUAUGUAAAGGAUAGAAUCAAAACUACAUAUGGAUAUAUUGCGGGAUCACUGAUUUUGACAGCAGGAAGUGCUGUUACAGUGUUCAGAACACCUGCUUUGCUUAAUUUGGUGGCUCGAAAUGGAUGGAUGUCGAUAAUUGCAACAAUGGCUCUUAUGAUUGGUUCGGGCAUGGUGGUUCGUGGAAUGGAAUAUAAGCCCGGCUUUGGUGGCAAACAAAUAGCAUGGAUGGUGCACACAGGUAUAAUGGGAGCAGUUAUAGCACCAAUUUGUUUUCUCGGUGGACCACUGCUUAUGCGCGCUGCUUGGUAUACUGCUGGUGUAGUAGGUGGUUUAAGCACAAUAGCUGUGUGUGCCCCUUCAGGUGAAUUUCUAAACAUGCGCGCACCAUUAGCCAUGGGUCUUGGAGCUGUGUUUGCUGCAUCUCUUGCAAGCAUGUUUUUACCACCAACUACCGCCCUUGGAGCAGGUUUAUAUUCCCUUAGUCUGUAUGGAGGGCUGGUCGUAUUUGGUGGAUUCUUGCUUUAUGAUACACAGGCGAUAAUCAAGCGCGCUGAGAUGCAUCCAAUGUAUGGUUUCCAGCCCUAUGAUCCCAUUAACUCGGCUAUUUCAGUUUACUUAGAUGUCUUGAACAUUUUCAUGCGAAUCGCCAUGAUACUAUCAGGUGCUGGUGGUAAUAAGAGAAAAUAA